CCGUGCGGGACCGUGCGCUCGCGCCUGGCUUUUGUUCCCGGCGUCUGACUUCUGACGGGCAGGAGUGGCUGUGGAGGCGGCGGCGCGCGGCUGGGACCUGGGCCGGCGGCCACGGAGAGCCCUUGGCCCCUCCCGUGUUGGCCAUUUCCUGGGACUUGUGUCCGCAGGGGACUCGGGAGGCAUCCUCCCCCCACCGAUAGCCGCUGGGGAGGGGUCAGCGGCCGUCCUCGCCUGGCCGGACCCGGCUCCCCGCGGGCGGCAGGGGCGGCCAUGCGGCUGCGCGCCCUGACCCCCAGGCCACCGGGAGGGUUCGCGCGCGGAACCCGGUCGCGCCAGCGCCGGCGCCAGCCAGAAGAAUUAACCUCGAGUCUGCACACUUUUAAGAACAAGGCCUUUAAAAAAUCCAAAGUGUGUGGAGUUUGCAAACAAAUUAUUGACGGUCAAGGUAUUUUAUGCCGAGCCUGCAAGUAUUCCUGCCACAAGAAAUGUGAAGCCAAGGCUCCAGGGAGUUCCACACUGUCCAGUUCUCUCUGCCAUGAUAAACCUCUGUGGCUCGUCAUCCUGAGUCCCACCAUGGAGGAGGGCCAUGGGCUGGACCUCACUUACAUCACGGAGCGCAUCAUCGCCGUGUCCUUCCCCGCCGGCUGCUCCGAGGAAUCCUACCUGCACAACCUGCAGGAGGUCACGCGCAUGCUCAAGUCCAAGCAUGGGGACAACUACCUGGUAUUGAAUCUUUCAGAAAAGAGAUAUGACCUUACAAAGCUUAACCCAAAGGGCGGGAAAGGAUGCAUAGGAGUGGUCAUAUCAUCCUACAUGCAUUUCACCAACAUCUCAGCCAGCGCCGACCAGGCCCUUGACAGGAUUGCAAUGAAGAAGUUUUAUGAUGACAAAGUUUCAGCUUUAAUGCAGCCUUCCCAAAAACGGUACGUUCAGUUCCUCAGUGGGCUCCCGUCCGGAUCGGUGAAAAUGAAUGCCUCUCCCCUGUUCCUGCAUUUUGUCAUCCUCCACGGCACCCCCAACUUCGACACAGGUGGAGUGUGCCGGCCCUUUCUGAAGCUCUACCAAGCCAUGCAGCCUGUGUACACCUCCGGGAUCUACAACGUUGGCCCAGAAAACCCCAGCAGGAUCUGCAUCAUCAUCGAGCCGGCCCAGCUUCUGAAGGGAGAUGUCAUGGUGAAAUGCUACCACAAGAAGUACCGCUCGGCCACCCGUGAUGUCAUUUUCCACCUGCAGUUUCACACUGGGGCUGUGCAGGGCUACGGGCUGGUGUUUGGGAAGGAGGAUCUGGACAAUGCCAGCAAAGAUGACCGUUUUCCUGACUAUGGGAAGGUUGAAUUAGUCUUCUCUGCCACGCCUGAGAAGAUUCAAGGGUCCGAACACUUGUACAACGACCACAGUGUGAUUGUGGACUACAACACAACAGACCCACUGAUAUGCUGGGACUCGUACGAGAACCUCAGUGCAGAUGGAGAAGAGCGCAAGAAUAGAAGACACUUCUCUGCACCCCAAAAGCUCCAUGCUGAUUGCGAGGAGGAAAUGCUGGAUGGAGGGGUUCCUGGAACUACUGUGAGGGUUUCUUUUGAUUUCUCCUGCUUAGAAAUGGUGAGAGAACUUUGGAUGUGGAAUGUGGAGUAGGAGGAACACGAAGUGAGGUUGUGCACUUGGGGUGGUCAGCACUGCGGAUGCCCAGCAAAGGCACUGCCUGGUCCACAUCCCGGAGGGGUUUCUGCACCCUAGUCGGCAUCGCAGCUGAUGGUGAAACUUUUGGUGUGGCAGAAGAGUGUCCACAAACUUCGGAAGGUAUCCGCUGCAUCCUCCAUAGCCGUGUAUCCCUGCCGAGGGCGAUCAUCUCGGGGAGCGGAAAGUACUGCUCAUGGGCCAGGGCUGGCUGGCUGGAGCCACUUGCGCGGCGCAGCCCUGGCAGAGGUUCAGGCAGCCCAGGUGUCGCAAGCGGCUGUGAGUGAUGCCUCCUUGGGGCCGGAGGGGUCCCAGGAAGGCUGCAGACCAGGGCUGACGAGCGGGCAGCAUGGUGGCCGCGAUGGAAGGUGACAAGGUUAGCAGCGCCAGGGGGCCCAUCAGAGCCCGAGCCCGGGCAUCCCGCAUCUCCAGCAGCACCACGGGUAGGCCUGGCGCUGGUGACGUGGCGGCCGGUGCACAAGGCCCACGACCCAGUCCCAGAGGCCAGCCCAUCGUCAGAUAACUUCAGGAACCCCGGGCCAGCUGAGGCCCCAGGCCCCACAGGCAAGACAAAGGGCAGAGGCUCCGCAGGCGGGGCCGAGAGCCGGCAGCGAAGGCCUGGCUCCACCGCCGCGGAGCUCGCAGGGCACAGCAGGCACCGGGCAGCGACCAGGGCUUCCAGAGGAGGUUGUGCACCCCCGCAAAGGCUCCUGCCCGGCGUCCAGCCUAUCCGCGGGGACUCCACGUGCACCUCCUCCUCAUUUCCUUGUCUAGGGCCGCGGCAAGGUCCUCGCUACCAUGGCGUGACUCCGGGGGCGCAGGAGCCUAGGCUGAGCAGGUGGAGUAGGGUGAGCACCGCCAAGAACCCAGCGAGAGUGGCGCCCCAGGGCGGCACAGGAGGCCGCAUUUAACGUGUCAAUCAUCUCAAAGAUUUUAUGGCAUCUUUUUUUUGACAUCUUAUAAUAUCGAUAAUGUCUAUUAUAUCUUGUGAUAUAAUUAUUAACACCACUUCAUUGUGAUUAUUAUGAUUAUUUUUAUACCAACACAUCUUCAAUUAUUAACAUUCCCAGUUGCUAGAGAAAAAUGAAAACGACUAGUUUUGAAAGCCUUACGUCUGCCAAUGGAAGCACAUUCCAGCAUGUCGCCAACGCAAUCCACUUUCCACCACUUUCACAAGAAACGUUACUGCACAAUUAUACUAUCCUACCCUUAU